UCCAACGUCCAGGAAAGAAAAAUCCCUCCAUGGCAUUCUUAGCUUUAGCUGGAUGAGCUAACUGGAUGUUACACCAAAUUUCCAUUAAUGUCCUAUUAGCUCUGUGAUUCAGUCUUAAUUGAAAUGCCUCCCCAUGGACCAGCAUUUAUCUAAUCCAACCCUGGGAUCUGUGCAAUUAAAAUAAAUGACUAGUGAGGUUUUAAGUGUUUAUGAUCAGCUUGAAAUCUUCCUCUUGUUUUUGCUUAAACCUUUAUUGAUGGAAAUGUCAAAUAUGAUUCAUGUCCUCAGUCAGUGUUUGGAGGUGAUGUAAUGAGUCCAGCAGACACCAGACAGCGCUUCUGCAGGACGUCUGGACCGUCUGAUCCUUCUCACUCCCAGCUGUGUGAGGACGUGAAAGCUGAGACGUCAGACAGAGGAAUAUCUGAAGCUUUAGAAGUCUGUGUGAAAAAAGAGGAACCGCUGGAACUGAACAUCUCCAACCAUGAAGACGACCUCGACAACACUCCUGAAGUUAUCUCCAUUAAAGAGGAAGAUCCUGAUCACAAACAGAACCUCUACUGUGAGCUUUGCAAAUCCUUCUUCUUCAACAAGUGUGAGGUUCAUGGUGCGCCCCUCUUUAUCCCUGAUACCCCUGCUCCAAUGGGGGUCUCUGACCGAGCCAGAUGCACUCUUCCGCAUGGGCUAGAGAUUCGGGAGUCCGGCAUCCCUGACGCAGGCCUGGGAGUGUUUAAUAAGGGGGAGACCGUUCCACUAGGGGCGCACUUCGGACCCUACCAGGGAGAGCUGGUAGAGCGAGAGGAAGCCGUGAGCAGUGGAUACUCCUGGGUGAUAUGCAGAAGCAGGCAGUGUGAAGAGUACAUAGAUGCCAAAAGAGAAAUGUAUGUGAAUUGGAUUAGGUAUGUAAAUUGUGCCCGUAAUGAUGAAGAACAGAAUCUUGUGGCAUUUCAGUAUCGAGGGGGUAUUCUGUUUCGUUGCUGUCGACCCAUUAACCCAGGACAAGAGCUCUUAGCGUGGUAUGAAGAUGAGAGUGCCAAAGAACUCGGUCCUGCAUUUGAUUACCGCUGGAACAAACAGUGUUUCACUAAUGAAAAACACAUGGAAAGAUGUCACAACAAAGAGGAUGCGAGACUGCAUGAAUCAGGAGAGAUUAAAUAUGAGCUUCAAAUUCCAUCCAAAGGCUCCAGUGGUCAGCCAACAUCAUCUGAUAGUCUUAAUGGUUUACAGAAAGAAAAACACUACUGCUCAGACUGUGGAAUGAGUUUUAGCCAUCAGGAGGCCCUCAAAACACACCAGUGCAAUUCUGCAGGAAAAAAGCCACAUCACUGUUCAGUGUGUGGAAAGUGUUUUAAUCGACAGGAUCUUCUCCAAAAACAUGAGGGCAUUCACACAGGGCAGAAGCCAUAUCCCUGUCCAGAAUGUGGAAAGCGGUUUAGUCAGAGUAGGCAUCUCCAGCUACACCAGCGCAUUCACACAGGAGAGAAGCCAUAUCACUGCUCACAAUGCGGGAAGAGCUUCCGUCAGAAGUAUACUCUCCAACGACACCAACGCGUUCACACUGGAGAAAAGCCGUAUCACUGCUCACAGUGUGGAAAGAGUUUCAAUCUGCAGAGUGUUCUUCGGCGACACCAGCGAGUCCACACUGGCGAGAAGCCGUAUCACUGCUCACAUUGUGGAAUGAGUUUUAAUCGACAGGACGGUCUCCAGCAGCACCAGCACAUCCACGAAUUAGUGAAGCCAUAUAUCUGCUCAAAGUGUGGAAGGAGUUUUAGUCGACUGGACUGUCUCGAACAACACCAGCGCAUUCACACAGGAGAGAAGCCGUAUCACUGCUCGCAGUGUGGGAAGAGUUUUAUUCGACAGGAUCACCUUCGACAACACCAGCGUGUUCACACUGGAGAGAGGCCGUAUCAGUGCUCACAGUGUGGAAAGAGUUUUACUCAUCAGAGUACUCUCCAACAACACCAGCGCUUUCACACUGGAGACAAGCCACAUCAGUGCUCGCAGUGUGAGAAGAGUUUUAAUCAACGCGGUGAUCUUCAACGACACCAGCGCAUUCACACAGGAGAGAAACCAUAUCAGUGUUUACAGUGUGCGAAGAGUUUUACUCAUCAGAGUACUCUUCAAAAACACCAGCGCAUUCACACCGAAGAGAAACCGUAUCAGUGCUCUCACUGUGGAAAGAGUUUUAAUCGACAGGAUCGUCUCCAGAAACAUGAGCGCAUUCACACUGGAGAGAGGCCUUAUCAGUGCCCAGAGUGUGGAAAGAGCUUUAUUCAACAAAGUGAUCUGCAACGACAUCGGCGCAUUCACACAGGGGAAAAACCAUAUCACUGCUCACAGUGUGGGAAGAGCUUUCCUGACCAGAAUAAUCUCCGAAAACAUCAGCAUGUUCACACAGGUGGGAAACAAUAUCACUGCUUACAGUGUGAAAGAAGCUUUACCCGACAGGGUGAUCUCAAGCGACACCAGCGUAUUCAUACUUUAGACAAGCCGUAUCACUGCUCAGAGUGCGAAAAGACUUUUAAUCGACAGGAUCAUCUCCGACGACACCAACGUGUUCACACUAGAGAAUUCUUAUCAACAGUGUGGAAAAAUGUUUCUUUAUUCCCAUGAAUGUGCAAUCGCUGAGACAUUGCAUGAUGUUAAACGAAUGUUUAUUAUUAAUGUUUUGCCUGUGAUUGUACUUAAAAAAUUUAUUAACUUUGACUUUUUUGUGAAAGAACACCAGCAGCACACUUUUCCUUCUUUUAUGGAGCACCAUUUAUUUUGUUCCAGUGAAUUUUCAUUCUUUCAAGUCAUUAAUCAUCACUGGAUUUUUUGUGUUUAAUUAAACUUGAUGGCAUAAUCAAUAUUGUAAACUUCAAUAACUCUAUGCAGUUAGAUGUUUUUAAAGCGUAAUUUUUAAGGUUUAAUUUACAUACAAGAGCUCAAAUAUUGUACAAACAUUUUUAUAAAUAGGUAAAUAUUUCUUCUUAAGAAAUUUCAACUGUGCAGCCUAUGCAGAAGUUUCCUGAUAACCAGAAUAAUGAGUUAAGUAGCUUAAAACCAUAUUGCAUAUGUAAUUGUAGACCAAUUACAUAGACUUCUAUCUUCAGACCAGAUUUUCAAAACAUUUAAGAAAAAAAUUAAACAGCACAACUGGCCAUUAAAAUAAAUAGCAUCUGAUGUGGACAGCUACAGAGAGCCAGUAUAAAACCAUUUACAGACAAUUUGGAAUUCAGUGUUCUAUAGUGACAGAGAUUAUUCAUAAGUAAAAGCAUUUAAGACAGCUGCCAUUGUUCUCAUGAGUGGACAUGCAAGCACAUUCACCCUAAUCAGACCGUGCAAUGCUCAUAAAAAUACAAAAAGCAAAACAAACCCACAUUCAGCUACAUCUCAGACCCUACAGGACUCGAUGAGUAUGUUAAAUGAUAAAGUCCAUUAAAGCACAAUUAGAAGAAGACUGAACAAGUAUGGUUCGUUUGGAAGGGUUGCUAUGAGAAAUUAUCUUCUGUCUAAAAAGAGCAUUGGACUCCUUCACAAAUUACCUUAGGUUAUUGCUGCUUAAGGUGGAUCUACAAGCUAUUGAAUCAUGGGGUUUCUUAGUAUUCCCUGCAUGUUUUUUUAAUUCUCUUGUUUUUCCAUACAAUAAAAUUAAAAGAGGGGGUACUAACUUUUACAUCUGACUGUAUUAUAUCUCAAUUUCAGUUAUAUUUAUAAGAAUUUGGGGCAUGAUUUCUAAAAAUGAUUAACUUGAUUACGUUUUUCUUAGUUUCAGUUACAAUAUAUUGCUGUCAAUUUAUAAAAUGCUGCCAAAAAGUAUUUGCCCUUUUUUUCAUAUUUGUCACACUUAAAUUCUAACCCGUUCUAUAAAUGUGUCCAUAUGUCACGCACCUUUAGCUUUUGCUUGUAUUUAACUGUAAGAGAAGUCUGACUUGCCUUCAAAGGAACAAAGUGCAAAGUGUUACAUGCUACAGUCAAGUUUGCAUUUACUUUACUUCAUAAUUGUACAAAUCAUUAUGUUACUCAAAUAAA